CACAACGUACCAUGCACACGGGCGGCCUCCUCUUAUGUCUUGCGGCCGUGGCGUGCGUCUCUCAACCCUGCCUGACCUCGCGCAGCGGCGCAGCGCCGCUGCCGCCGCAGCGCUACACCCUCCUGGCGCUCCUGCGCGCCGCUACCGCCAUCCACCGCCACCCGCAACAAUACCCGCAGCUCUACCGCCGCGGCAAUGCGGGCAUGCCGCAUACCCACUUCCAAGCGCCGCAUGAACCCGCGGUCGACCUGCAGGAGGAGGAAGAGGCGCGCAGGGCUUGGGAUAAGCGCGGUGCGCAAGAGGGCAGUGAUACCCAAGUGAACGUACAGGAACCGCAACAGGAACCGCAGGAAGGGCAGCAGGAGGCCGCAGUAACCGCAGGACUUCAGCAGGUCGGCGCAUCAAUAGCCUCUAACUUCCUGCGGCAUGCGCGUUCAGGUCCCAGACCAUAUGAUGUGCCCAGGAUAGACUGUCCGGCAGCAGAAGACCAGAUGGAGAGGUUUCCCUGUCCGUCUCCAGACAGGAUGGGUCGCUAUCGUUGUAUUGAUGACCACGUCCUCUGUGAUGGUUUCAUUGACUGUCCUGACGGAGAGGACGAAGAUAGACAGCAAUGUAUGUUCUACAAAACGACUAAAGCUCACUUGGAUGUGUUAGCGGACGCCAUUAUCCGGUGGGCGCGGGGAGGGAAGUGAUACCGGUCGUAGAAAUCUCCACCCAUCGUUCCCCUUCCCCUCAAAACUUCCCUCUUCCCAUUUCCCACUCACCCCAAACAUACCUCCCCAUCCCCCUCACGCAAUAGCCACCUGCUGAUCCAGCCUCCGUCCCCAGACACCGGGACCUUCACUACUACUAACUACUACUACUAUUACUGCUACCACCACCACUACCUCCAGCACUCUGGCCAACCAUCACCAAGGGGAAUACGCCCAUGGUUAACGUACCAGGCUAAAUAUUUGUAGGAAUCAAGACAUGUCUUGAAGGCAAUAAUAUUAGCAUUUGCAAUAAAUCUUUGUAUAUGAGAGGAGGUACACGGAUUUUCUUUUUUUUUCAAAAAAAAAAAUAUUGUAGGUAAUGCUACAAGCAUGAGUUGCUAAAGGGAAAUAUAUAUGGUGGACCAGGUGGGACUAGGCAUCACCAAAACGAUCAAAAAAUAAAAAAAAAAUAAACAGGCUGGAUAUUCAAAUACCCAAAAACAAAACUGAAAAUUUGGAAAAAAAGGGGGGGCAAAAGUUGCUUUCUGGGUGUUAAAGGAGCCCUCUAACGCAGAAAAAAAAUUAGUAUCUACAACUGUCAAAUAAUUAUCUAUCGCUGCAAAGAAUUGUUUACCGGUGAAAAACUAAACUGCAGUGGACAUACGGAAGAAACAGCUGUCUGGAGCCUAGUGCAGCAUCGUGCAGCCAUAACUGCCCAAGAUGAUCUGUUCGAUGAGCACUUGAUGACCUAAUGACCCCGACCUGAGCCACGGGGUUCACUAGGUCAAUCACUGUGUUCCCGAACUACGGCACGUGUAAGUAGACAUCGAGACUGGUUGACGACGAUCGCAACAGAAUGGCGUCCCACCUCUUAACAGCAAGUCAUCCUCCGAGGAUCCUUCAGCUGGGUUCGCGAGAUACUGUUAACGGACAAGCGCUACAGAAUGGCGUCUCUGCUCUACAAUAAGCAAUCCUCCACAAAUCCUCCAGCUGGAUUCGCGACACCGUGAAACGGACGUGAUCAAUGGGAUGGCAUCCCACCCCUACAAUGAGCGAUGGUACCUAGAUACCUCAACUUUGUUCCAAAACCUUCGAGGCAGCGAGGCUGAUCCUUCUGAGGGGAUCAGCAAUUCUACCCGUUCAGCUGUAAUUAGCCGCGGGUCGCAUCCCAAGAACCUCCGGUCAAAACCGAGGGACAAAAGCGCCUUCAUCCAGCAAGCCAGUCAGGAAGACUGCACCUUGCAAAGUCCCCUUCUGUUCAAGAACAGCAAAGUCCCCUUCUGUUCAAGAACAGUCAUGAUACCAGAUAACACCAGUAGUAAUAACAACACCAAUCUCUGGAGUUGAUGUGUUAAAUGUGUGUUUGUUAGAGUAACUCAUCAGGGAGGUUAGUUUAAGUCGUCAGGGAAAGAAUAGGAAUGGAGGAGUGUCGAGUGGAGAUUGCAGCAUCCAGGAAGGGGGUGUGAUACCUCCCCCUGCUUGCUCCCUCCCCUCCCCUCCUCCACACCUUUACCUGUGAGGUUAUAAUAGAUUAUUAAAUAAGUUAUACACUACAUACUUCUCCCUUCUUCAUCAUUGGGAAAAAAUAAUCGCUUAAAAUCGAUAAUCUAUGAUAAUUUCACGUUAUUAUUUUUGAGAAUAUAUAUUUGUUACGCACUUGUUUAGA